AUGUGUCCCCUCCGCAACGGACAUCCGUCAAGGGGCGCGCUGUCCACCAUGGCCGCUAUGGCCCGGGAUCGUGGUGGGCAGAAAGUGGAUGCUUUGUAUGGAUUAAUGCAGUCGUAUGAAAACAAGCUUGGUGGCGGAGAGGGAAUUGAAGGCCUCUAUGGCAGUCUCACUCAAGCUAGCAUGCAAAAAGUCUUGGACUGCCUUAAGCACAACUCUGGGCUGGACAGUCGCAGUGUGUUCAUCGACAUUGGCGCUGGGCUUGGCAGGCCGUUGCUGCAUGCCAUGGUCUCUGUCGGUGUCAGCUCAGCAUGGGGUGUUGAACUUGACCGAAUAAAAUGCGACAAAGCGGCAGCUUUCUGUGAAAACGUUACCCAGCACCUCAUCACACAAGGGGUGCUGGCGUCGUCGGUCGUGGUGCCUGCGGUGAUAUGCUCUUCCAUUGAAACGGUCACCUCGCUCGACCCAGCAACACACGCAUACUCGUUCUGGGAGGGUGUGCCUCCCUCCGGCAAGGAGGCUUUUGGGGAGCUGUUCGCGUCGUCUAGGACGCUAAGGGCCGUAGCAGUGGUGCAGCGUGCGAUCCGAGGUGAAGAGCCAGCCGCGUUGAUGCGGGACUAUGGCUUCGGGCCGGUGCUUCUCAUCGCCAGCUUCCCCGUGAAAAUGUCGGGCAGCGGGCGAUCCUUCACUGCGUACGUGUUUACCAAGAUUGCCCCUGCGGCGGCCAACUUUCUUGCCAAUGCGGCAGCGGGUGCAGCGACGCCGCCGCCAGCGUUGGCACGGGGCAGUGGGGCCGUGCUGGAAUCUGCAAAGCACCAGGGCCAUCAGGGAUGCAAGACGCCGCAGCUGCCGCCACCUGCACAGCAGCGGGAUCAGACGCUUCGGCGGGGAGCUGCUGCCCGCGCGGCCGGCUCGAGUGAUGUGGUCCGGAACGUAGGGCGGAGCAAGGAACUGAUACUCGGCUUCUUUUCCUCUUUCCUGCUUCCUUGCCUCACCAACCUAACCACCAACUUGGGCUUCUCAAUCGGAAAGGUCAAACCACACAAGGAGCCUCAGUCGCCAUCGAAGGCUCGCAAACCAGAGGGCGAGGCGGGCCCUGCCUCCCCUGCCAAGAAGGCGUGUGCCGGUAAUGCUGCAGUGGCCGAGGGUGGCGAACGAGUGGCCGAGCAGCCUCGGUCGUCCGCUGCUGCCGGGCGAGCCAAGGCGGUGCAGCAAGUGUUGCUGACCAGUUUACCCGAGUACAGCAGGCGUACGAAACAGGCUGCAGGGGGCUCAAACAAGCCGGCUGGCGGCAAGAGCGGAGCGAACAAGGCAGCAGCAGCAGCAGCAACAACAGCAGGCCAAACCUCCGGAAAGGACAGCGGUCCGUUACGUGGCUCUGACAAGGCUCCACCGGCUAUGCCGACUCGCUCGAGUCGCCGGCUUGCAGCCAUGGCAGCCGCAGGGAAAGCUGCUGCUGCGGCGGCGGCGGCGGCGGCGGCGGCGGUUCCAGAUGUCGCGGUUGAGGGGUGUUGA